GACAAUUUAUUAAUAAAAAUGUGGAAACUAGUGCUAUCCAUACUAUCAGUCCUAGUAUGUUUCUCAGAAGCCUAUAAGAUUCUACUAGUAGCUCCAACUCCUAGUAAAAGCCACGAUAUCCUGAAUCAAGGAUUGAUCCGACAUUUGACUAAAGCUGGUCAUGAGGUUACUUAUAUCGCUAUCAUUCCACAAGAAAGCCCCCUACCAGGAGUCACUGUAGUCGAUAUCAGUGAUGCAUAUUAUCUUACAGAUAGUUUUGUUAAUGUACAAGAUAUUAUGGACAAGAAAUUUGAUAUACACGAGGUAACUGGUUUCCUGCCAUACAUUUUGCGAUCGAGUAAAGUUGCGAUAGAACAUCCGAGUGUUCAUAAGUUAAUGGCAGACAAAACUCAAGAAUUCGACCUUGUUAUUGCAGAGUUUUUAUUUAAUGCCGUGUAUGCUGGGUUUUCAGGGCUGUACAACUGCCCCCUGGUCUGGUUUUCACCUACCGUUCCCAACUGGAUGGUGUUGGAACUGAUAGACGAAGCUACCAACCCUGCGUACAGCGUUGGAGUUUCAUCUACCAGCGUUCCACCGCUGACCUUCAUAGAACGAGUUGCUGAACUAGGCUCCAUUGUCUUUAGGAAGCUAAUACAAAUACUGUGGAGCUUAAGAUUUGACAACGAUAUGUACGAGAAAAAUUUCGUUCCGUUUAUACGACAGAGAAGAAGCACUGUGCCAACUUUCGAGAGUCUUGCGUAUAAUGGAUCUCUUAUGUUGAGCAACUACCAUUAUUCCAUGGGUGCUACUGUACGGGCACCCCAGAAUCUGAUAUCAAUCGGUGGUUUCCAUAUUGACCUGGAUGUCACACCCUUACCAAAGGAUUUGCAAAAACUUAUGGACGACGCAAAAGACGGCGCGAUUUACUUCAGUCUGGGUUCGAAUAUGAAAAGCAAGCAUUUGGCAAGCGAAAUAAAACGAGACCUUUUGAAGAUGUUCGGUAAACUCAAGCAAACAGUUCUAUGGAAAUUCGAAGGGGAUUUACCAAACAGACCGAACAACGUCCACCUUGUUCAGUGGGCACCGCAACAAAGUAUUUUAGCACAUAAGAACUGCAUAAUCUUCAUCACACACGGAGGUCUUCUAUCGACUACAGAAGCAUUACAUUUUGGGGUACCCAUUAUAGGGAUACCGGGCUUUUAUGACCAGUUCAUAAAUAUUCAAAGAACUGUUAAUAUGGGUUUCGCUAAGAAAGUUGAUCUUACCUAUUCGAUUCUGGAGUUGGCCAUUCAAGAUAUUCUUGAAGAUCCUAAGUACACCACUAAAGCCCAUGAACUUUCAGAGAUUUACCAUGACAGACCAGUGCCUCCAGGAAAGGAGUUAGUCCACUGGGUAGAACAUGUCAUAAAGACGCGAGGGGCACUUCAUCUGCGCUCUCCUGCAUUUCUAACGCCCUGGUACCAGAAGUUGUACCUAGAUCUUAUCUUAGUUGUGUUGAUCUUAGUUUUAGUGUUGAAAUAUGCAUUCCAGUUCAUGUGUAGUACAAAAUCUAAAUUAGUAACGAAAGGAAAAGAGAAAAAGAAUAAAAUGUGGAAGACAGUGCUAUUCAUACUAACAAUUCUAGUAUGUUUCUCAAAAGCCUACAAGAUUCUACUUGUGUCUCCGACUCCUAGUAAGAGCCACGAUAUCCUUAAUCAUGGAUUGAUCAGACAUUUGACUGAGGCUGGUCAUAAGAUUACUUAUAUCGCCAUCUGUCCACAAGAAAAACGCCUACCAGGAGUUACUGUAGUCGAUAUUAGUGAUGCAUUUACUCCUUCAGACGAUUUACUAAACGUACAACAUAUAAUGAACAAGAGAUUUGAUAUAAACGAGGUAACCGGUUUUCUGCCAUUGAUUUUGGAAAUUAAUCAAAAGGCUAUAGAACAUCCGAAUGUACAGAAGUUAAUAGCUGAUAAAAGUCAAGAAUUCGACCUUGUUAUUUCAGAGUUUUUAUUUAGUAACAUCAAUGCUGGGUUUUCAGGGCUGUACAAUUGCCCAUUGAUCUGGUUUUCACCAAGCAUCCCCAACUGGAUGGUGUUGGAACUGAUAGACGAGGCCACCAACCCUGCUUACAGUGUUGGAGUGGCAUCUACCAGUAUUCCACCCCUGACCUUCAUAGAACGAGUUGCUGAACUAGGCUCUCUUGUCUUUAGGAAGCUAGUACAAAUACUGUGGAGCUCAAGAUUGGAUAACGAUAUAUACGAGAAAAAUUUUGUUCCAUUCAUACGACAGAGAAGAAGCACCGUGCCCACUUUCGAAAGUCUUGCUUAUAAUGGAUCUCUUGUGUUGAGCAACUACCACCAUUCCAUGGGCAUUACUCUACGGGCACCACCGAAUUUUAUAUCAAUCGGAGGGUUUCAUAUAGACCAGAAUGUCAAACCCUUACCAAAGGAUUUGCAAAAAAUUAUGGACGAAGCAAAACAAGGCGUGAUCUACUUCAGUCUGGGUUCGAAUAUGAAAAGCAAGCAUUUCCCAAGUGAAAUAAAACGAGACCUGUUGAAGAUGUUCGGUAAACUCAAGCAAACAGUCCUAUGGAAAUUCGAAGAGGAUUUACCAAACAGACCGAACAACGUCCACAUUGUGCAAUGGGCGCCGCAACAAAGUAUUUUAGCACAUAAGAACUGCACAAUCUUCAUAACGCAUGGCGGUCUUUUAUCGACUACAGAAGCAAUACAUUUUGGCGUACCCACUAUAGGGAUACCGGGUUAUUAUGACCAAUUUAUGAAUGUUAAACGAUCUGCUAACAUGGGCUUCGCUAAGAAAGUUGAUCUUACAUAUUCGAUUGUUAAAGACCUGGAGUUGGCCAUUCAAGAUGUACUCGAAAAUCCAAACUACACUUCUAAAGCCCAGGAACUAUCAAAGAUCUACCAUGACAGAACAGUUCCUCCAGGAAAGGAGUUAGUCCACUGGGUAGAACAUGUCAUAAGGACCCGAGGGGCACUUCAUCUGCGCUCUCCUGCAUUUCUGACGCCCUGGUACCAGAAGCUAUAUCUAGACCUUGGCUUUCUUCUGUUGUCCUUAGCUUUAGUGCUAAAAUAUGCAUUCCGGCUGACGUGUACAAAAACUAAAGGAGUAACGAAAGGGAAACAGAAAAAGAAUUGAUGCUUAAGUUUUGCUUCAAGUCAUAAUACUCGUAUAGUCAUAUUGCAACUUGGAUUUGAAAAACUUAAAUACAUAGUAGGAAGAAAUCGUGAUACUAAUAUGUAUAAGCGCUGUGUGGGUGGUAAUUUUGUAAUUAAAA